ACCACUCCCGCCCCAACUACAACUACACCUGCUCCGACUACAACAACUCCCGCCCCAACUACGACUCCUGUCCCAACUACAACCACUCCCGCUCCAACUACAACUACUCCCGCUCCAACUACAACUACAACUACUCCUGAACCAACUACAACCACUCCCGCCCCAACUACAACUACACCUGCUCCGACUACAACAACUCCCGCCCCAACUACAACUACUCCUGGUCCAACUACAACGACUCCUGUUCCGACUACAAGUACAACUACUCCUGAACCAACUACAACCACUCCCGCCCUUACAACUACUCCUGCCCAAACUACAACAUCAACUACUCCUGCCCCAACUACAACUACUCCCGCUCCAACUACAACUACUCCUGUUCCGACUACAAGUACAACUACUCCUGAACCAACUACAACCACUCCCGCCCCAACAACUACUCCUGCCCAAACUACAACAACAACUACUCCUGCCCCAAGUACAACUACUCCUGCCCCAAGUACAACUACUCCCGCCCCAAGUACAACUACUUCUGUCCCAACUACAACCACUCCCGCCCCAACAACUACUCCUGCCCAAACUACAACUACAACCACUCCUGCCCCAACUACAACUACACCUGCUCCGACUACAACAACUCCCGCCCCAACUACAACUACUCCUGGUCCAACUACAACUACUCCUGGUCCAACUACAACUACUCCUGGUCCAACUACAACUACUCCUGUUCCGACUACAAGUACAACUACUCCUGAACCAACUACAACCACUCCCGCCCCAACAACUACUCCUGCCCAAACUACAACAUCAACUACUCCUGCCCCAACUACAACUACUCCCGCUCCAACUACAACUACUCCUGUUCCGACUACAAGUACAACUACUCCUGAACCAACUACAACCACUCCCGCCCCAACAACUACUCCUGCCCAAACUACAACAACAACUACUCCUGCCCCAAGUACAACUACUCCUGCCCCAAGUACAACUACUCCCGCCCCAAGUACAACUACUUCUGUCCCAACUACAACCACUCCCGCCCCAACAACUACUCCUGCCCAAACUACAACUACAACCACUCCUGCCCCAACAACUACUCCUGCCCAAACUACAACAACAACUACUCCUGAACCAACUACAACCACUCCCGCCCCAACAACUACUCCUGCCCAAACUACAACAACAACUACUCCUGCCCCAAGUACAACUACUCCUGCCCCAAGUACAACUACUCCCGCCCCAAGUACAACUACUUCUGUCCCAACUACAACCACUCCCGCCCCAACAACUACUCCUGCCCAAACUACAACUACAACCACUCCUGCCCCAACUACAACCACUCCCGCCCCAACUACAACCACUUCUGCCCCAACUACAACUACACCUGCUCCGACUACAACAACUCCCGCCCCAACUACGACUCCUGUCCCAACUACAACCACUCCCGCUCCGACUACAACUACUCCCGCUCCAACUACAACUACAACUACUCCUGAACCAACUACAACCACUCCCGCCCCAACUACAACUACACCUGCUCCGACUACAACAACUCCCGCCCCAACUACAACUACUCCUGGUCCAACUACAACUACUCCUGUUCCGACUACAAGUACAACUACUCCUGAACCAACUACAACCACUCCCGCCCCAACAACUACUCCUGCCCAAACUACAACAUCAACUACUCCUGCCCCAACUACAACUACUCCCGCUCCAACUACAACUACUCCUGUUCCGACUACAAGUACAACUACUCCUGAACCAACUACAACCACUCCCGCCCCAACAACUACUCCUGCCCAAACUACAACAACAACUACUCCUGCCCCAAGUACAACUACUCCUGCCCCAAGUACAACUACUCCCGCCCCAAGUACAACUACUUCUGUCCCAACUACAACCACUCCCGCCCCAACAACUACUCCUGCCCAAACUACAACUACAACCACUCCUGCCCCAACUACAACUACACCUGCUCCGACUACAACAACUCCCGCCCCAACUACAACUACUCCUGGUCCAACUACAACUACUCCUGUUCCGACUACAAGUACAACUACUCCUGAACCAACUACAACCACUCCCGCCCCAACAACUACUCCUGCCCAAACUACAACAUCAACUACUCCUGCCCCAACUACAACUACUCCCGCUCCAACUACAACUACUCCUGUUCCGACUACAAGUACAACUACUCCUGAACCAACUACAACCACUCCCGCCCCAACAACUACUCCUGCCCAAACUACAACAACAACUACUCCUGCCCCAAGUACAACUACUCCUGCCCCAAGUACAACUACUCCCGCCCCAAGUACAACUACUUCUGUCCCAACUACAACCACUCCCGCCCCAACAACUACUCCUGCCCAAACUACAACUACAACCACUCCUGCCCAAACUACAACAACAACUACUCCUGAACCAACUACAACCACUCCCGCCCCAACAACUACUCCUGCCCAAACUACAACAACAACAACUACUCCUGCCCCAAGUACAACUACUCCUGCCCCAAGUACAACUACUCCCGCCCCAAGUACAACUACUUCUGUCCCAACUACAACCACUCCCGCCCCAACAACUACUCCUGCCCAAACUACAACUACAACCACUCCUGCCCCAACUACAACCACUCCCGCCCCAACUACAACCACUUCUGCCCCAACUACAACUACUCCUGCCCCAACUACAACCACUCCCACCCCAACUACAACCACUCCUGCCCCAACUACAACUACUCCUGCCCCAACUACAACCAGUCCCACCCCAACUACAACCACUUCUGCCUCAACUACAACUACUCCCACCCCAACUACAACCACUCCUGCUCCAACUACAACUACAGAUACACGUAAUCCACUCAACUGCAAUAUUUGUUCAGACCCCAAUGAUCCAACAUGUAGAAAUUCAAAUGCACAAACCUGUUCAGCAGCAGCCACUAUGUGCUUUACAGCAACAAUACAAAUGCCGUCUCCCCCUGGACCUGGCACCCGGCGAUGUCUGACCUGUCUGACAGGCCUAUGCUCUACACCUAUAACAUGUAAUGCACUGGAGACAGGGUGCUUCGGAACUACAGCAACAACAACUGCAGCGACCGAACUCCCAGUCCACGGCUGUGCCUCACCAAACACAUGCUCCUCUGCUCUGACCACACUGCUGCCCCAACUGUCCAAUUAUGAAUCUGUGACUGGACCAAACUCCUGCUGUGAUAAUGAUGAAUGUAACAUUCGACCAACAACUGUACCACCCACAACAACAACAGCUCCUCCAACUAGAACUACACCUGCUCCAACUACGACUACUCCUGCCCCAACGACAACUACACCUGCUCCAACUACGACUACUCCUGCCCCAACAACAACUACUCCUGUCCCAACUACAACCACUCCCGCUCCGACUACAACUACUCCCGCUCCAACUACAACUACAACUACUCCUGAACCAACUACAACCACUCCCGCCCCAACUACAACUACACCUGCUCCGACUACAACAACUCCCGCCCCAACUACAACUACUCCUGGUCCAACUACAACUACUCCCGCUCCAACUACAACUACAACUACUCCCGCUCCAACUACAACUACAACUACUCCUGAACCAACUACAACUACUCCUGACCCAACUACAACCACUCCCGCCCCAACUACAACUACACCUGCUCAGACUACAACCACUCCCGCCCCAACUACAACCACUCCUGCCACAACUACAACCACUCCUGCCACAAAUACAACCACUCCUGCCCCAACUACAACUACUCCUGCCCCAAGUACAACCACUCCCGCCCCAACAACUACUCCUGCCCAAACUACAACAACUACUCCUGCCCCAAGUACAACCACUCCCGCCCCAACAACUACUCCUGCCCAAACUACAACAACUACUCCUGCCCCAAGUACAACCACUCCCGCCCCAACAACUACUCCUGCCCAAACUACAACAACUACUCCUGCCCAAAGUACAACUACUCCCGCUCCAACUACAACUACUCCCGCUCCAACUACAACUACUCCUGAACCAACUACAACCACUCCCGCCCCAACAACCACUCCAGCCCAAACUACAACAACUACUCCUGCCCCAAGUACAACUACUCCCGCUCCAACUACAACUACUCCUGCUCCAACUACCACUACUCCUGUCCCAACUACAACCACUCCCUCCCCAACAACUACUCCUGCCCAAACUACAACAACUACUCCUGCCCCAAGUACAACUACUCCCGCUCCAACUACAACUACUUCUGUCCCAACUACAACUACUGCUGUCCCAACUACAACUACUCCUGCCCCAAGUACAACUACUCCUGAACCAACUACAACUUCUCCUGUCCCAACUACAACCACUCCCGCCCCAACAACUACUCCUGCCCAAACUACAACUACAACCACUCCUGUCCCAACUACAACUACUCCUGCUCAGACUACAACCACUCCCGCCCCAACUACAACCACUCCUGCCACAACUACAACCACUCCUGCCACAAAUACAACCACUCCUGCCCCAACUACAACUACUCCUGCCCCAACUACAACCAGUCCCACCCCAACUACAACUACUUCUGUCCCAACUACAACUACUGCUGUCCCAACUACAACUACUCCUGCCCCAAGUACAACUACUCCUGAACCAACUACAACUUCUCCUGUCCCAACUACAACCACUCCCGCCCCAACAACUACUCCUGCCCAAACUACAACUACAACCACUCCUGUCCCAACUACAACUACUCCUGCUCAGACUACAACCACUCCCGCCCCAACUACAACCACUCCUGCCACAACUACAACCACUCCUGCCACAAAUACAACCACUCCUGCCCCAACUACAACUACUCCUGCCCCAAGUACAACCACUCCCGCCCCAACAACUACUCCUGCCCAAACUACAACAACUACUCCUGCCCCAAGUACAACCACUCCCGCCCCAACAACUACUCCUGCCCAAACUACAACAACUACUCCUGCCCCAAGUACAACCACUCCCGCCCCAACAACUACUCCUGCCCAAACUACAACAACUACUCCUGCCCAAAGUACAACUACUCCCGCUCCAACUACAACUACUCCCGCUCCAACUACAACUACUCCCGCUCCAACUACAACUACUCCUGAACCAACUACAACCACUCCCGCCCCAACAACCACUCCUGCCCAAACUACAACAACUACUCCUGCCCCAAGUACAACUACUCCCGCUCCAACUACAACUACUCCUGCUCCAACUACCACUACUCCUGUCCCAACUACAACCACUCCCUCCCCAACAACUACUCCUGCCCAAACUACAACAACUACUCCUGCCCAAACUACAACAACAACAACUACUCCUGCCCCAAGUACAACUACUCCUGCCCCAAGUACAACUACUCCCGCCCCAAGUACAACUACUUCUGUCCCAACUACAACCACUCCCGCCCCAACAACUACUCCUGCCCAAACUACAACUACAACCACUCCUGCCCCAACUACAACCACUCCCGCCCCAACUACAACCACUUCUGCCCCAACUACAACUACUCCUGCCCCAACUACAACCACUCCCACCCCAACUACAACCACUCCUGCCCCAACUACAACUACUCCUGCCCCAACUUCAACCAGUCCCACCCCAACUACAACCACUUCUGCCUCAACUACAACUACUCCCACCCCAACUACAACCACUCCUGCUCCAACUACAACUACAGAUACACCUCCUCCAACUAGAACUACACCUGCUCCAACUACGACUACUCCUGCCCCAACGACAACUACACCUGCUCCAACUACGACUACUCCUGCCCCAACAACAACUACUCCUGUCCCAACUACAACCACUCCCGCUCCGACUACAACUACUCCCGCUCCAACUACAACUACAACUACUCCUGAACCAACUACAACCACUCCCGCCCCAACUACAACUACACCUGCUCCGACUACAACAACUCCCGCCCCAACUACAACUACUCCUGGUCCAACUACAACUACUCCCGCUCCAACUACAACUACAACUACUCCUGAACCAACUACAACUACUCCUGAACCAACUACAACCACUCCCGCCCCAACUACAACUACACCUGCUCAGACUACAACCACUCCCGCCCCAACUACAACCACUCCUGCCACAACUACAACCACUCCUGCCACAAAUACAACCACUCCUGCCCCAACUACAACUACUCCUGCCCCAAGUACAACCACUCCCGCCCCAACAACUACUCCUGCCCAAACUACAACAACUACUCCUGCCCCAAGUACAACCACUCCCGCCCCAACAACUACUCCUGCCCAAACUACAACAACUACUCCUGCCCCAAGUACAACCACUCCCGCCCCAACAACUACUCCUGCCCAAACUACAACAACUACUCCUGCCCAAAGUACAACUACUCCCGCUCCAACUACAACUACUCCCGCUCCAACUACAACUACUCCUGAACCAACUACAACCACUCCCGCCCCAACAACCACUCCAGCCCAAACUACAACAACUACUCCUGCCCCAAGUACAACUACUCCCGCUCCAACUACAACUACUCCUGCUCCAACUACCACUACUCCUGUCCCAACUACAACCACUCCCUCCCCAACAACUACUCCUGCCCAAACUACAACAACUACUCCUGCCCCAAGUACAACUACUCCCGCUCCAACUACAACUACUUCUGUCCCAACUACAACUACUGCUGUCCCAACUACAACUACUCCUGCCCCAAGUACAACUACUCCUGAACCAACUACAACUUCUCCUGUCCCAACUACAACCACUCCCGCCCCAACAACUACUCCUGCCCAAACUACAACUACAACCACUCCUGUCCCAACUACAACUACUCCUGCUCAGACUACAACCACUCCCGCCCCAACUACAACCACUCCUGCCACAACUACAACCACUCCUGCCACAAAUACAACCACUCCUGCCCCAACUACAACUACUCCUGCCCCAACUACAACCAGUCCCACCCCAACUACAACUACUUCUGUCCCAACUACAACUACUGCUGUCCCAACUACAACUACUCCUGCCCCAAGUACAACUACUCCUGAACCAACUACAACUUCUCCUGUCCCAACUACAACCACUCCCGCCCCAACAACUACUCCUGCCCAAACUACAACUACAACCACUCCUGUCCCAACUACAACUACACCUGCUCCAACUACGACUACUCCUGCCCCAACAACAACUACUCCUGUCCCAACUACAACCACUCCCGCUCCGACUACAACUACUCCCGCUCCAACUACAACUACAACUACUCCUGAACCAACUACAACCACUCCCGCCCCAACUACAACUACACCUGCUCCGACUACAACAACUCCCGCCCCAACUACAACUACUCCUGGUCCAACUACAACUACUCCCGCUCCAACUACAACUACAACUACUCCUGAACCAACUACAACUACUCCUGAACCAACUACAACCACUCCCGCCCCAACUACAACUACACCUGCUCAGACUACAACCACUCCCGCCCCAACUACAACCACUCCUGCCACAACUACAACCACUCCUGCCACAAAUACAACCACUCCUGCCCCAACUACAACUACUCCUGCCCCAAGUACAACCACUCCCGCCCCAACAACUACUCCUGCCCAAACUACAACAACUACUCCUGCCCCAAGUACAACCACUCCCGCCCCAACAACUACUCCUGCCCAAACUACAACAACUACUCCUGCCCCAAGUACAACCACUCCCGCCCCAACAACUACUCCUGCCCAAACUACAACAACUACUCCUGCCCAAAGUACAACUACUCCCGCUCCAACUACAACUACUCCCGCUCCAACUACAACUACUCCUGAACCAACUACAACCACUCCCGCCCCAACAACAACUACUCCCGCUCCAACUACAACUACUCCUGCUCCAACUACCACUACUCCUGUCCCAACUACAACCACUCCCUCCCCAACAACUACUCCUGCCCAAACUACAACAACUACUCCUGCCCCAAGUACAACUACUCCCGCUCCAACUACAACUACUUCUGUCCCAACUACAACUACUGCUGUCCCAACUACAACUACUCCUGCCCCAAGUACAACUACUCCUGAACCAACUACAACUUCUCCUGUCCCAACUACAACCACUCCCGCCCCAACAACUACUCCUGCCCAAACUACAACUACAACCACUCCUGUCCCAACUACAACUACUCCUGCUCAGACUACAACCACUCCCGCCCCAACUACAACCACUCCUGCCACAACUACAACCACUCCUGCCACAAAUACAACCACUCCUGCCCCAACUACAACUACUCCUGCCCCAACUACAACCAGUCCCACCCCAACUACAACUACUUCUGUCCCAACUACAACUACUGCUGUCCCAACUACAACUACUCCUGCCCCAAGUACAACUACUCCUGAACCAACUACAACUUCUCCUGUCCCAACUACAACCACUCCCGCCCCAACAACUACUCCUGCCCAAACUACAACUACAACCACUCCCGCCCCAACUACAACUACUCCUGCUCAGACUACAACCACUCCCGCCCCAACUACAACCACUCCUGCCACAACUACAACCACUCCUGCCACAAAUACAACCACUCCUGCCCCAACUACAACUACUCCUGCCCCAACUACAACCAGUCCCACCCCAACUACAACCACUUCUGCCUCAACUACAACUACUCCCACCCCAACUACAACCACUCCUGCUCCAACUACAACUACAGAUACACGUAAUCCACUCAACUGCAAUAUUUGUUCAGACCCCAAUGAUCCAACAUGUAGAAAUUCAAAUGCACAAACCUGUUCAGCAGCAGCCACUAUGUGCUUUACAGCAACAAUACAAAUGCCGUCUCCCCCUGGACCUGGCACCCGGCGAUGUCUGACCUGUCUGACAGGCCUAUGCUCUACACCUAUAACAUGUAAUGCACUGGAGACAGGGUGCUUCGGAACUACAGCAACAACAACUGCAGCGACCGAACUCCCAGUCCACGGCUGUGCCUCACCAAACACAUGCUCCUCUGCUCUGACCACACUGCUGCCCCAACUGUCCAAUUAUGAAUCUGUGACUGGACCAAACUCCUGCUGUGAUAAUGAUGAAUGUAACAUUCGACCAACAACUGUACCACCCACAACAACAACAGCUCCUCCAACUAGAACUACACCUGCUCCAACUACGACUACUCCUGCCCCAACGACAACUACACCUGCUCCAACUACGACUACUCCUGCCCCAACAACAACUACUCCUGUCCCAACUACAACCACUCCCGCUCCGACUACAACUACUCCCGCUCCAACUACAACUACAACUACUCCUGAACCAACUACAACCACUCCCGCCCCAACUACAACUACACCUGCUCCGACUACAACAACUCCCGCCCCAACUACAACUACUCCUGGUCCAACUACAACUACUCCCGCUCCAACUACAACUACAACUACUCCUGAACCAACUACAACUACUCCUGAACCAACUACAACCACUCCCGCCCCAACUACAACUACACCUGCUCAGACUACAACCACUCCCGCCCCAACUACAACCACUCCUGCCACAACUACAACCACUCCUGCCACAAAUACAACCACUCCUGCCCCAACUACAACUACUCCUGCCCCAAGUACAACCACUCCCGCCCCAACAACUACUCCUGCCCAAACUACAACAACUACUCCUGCCCCAAGUACAACCACUCCCGCCCCAACAACUACUCCUGCCCAAACUACAACAACUACUCCUGCCCCAAGUACAACCACUCCCGCCCCAACAACUACUCCUGCCCAAACUACAACAACUACUCCUGCCCAAAGUACAACUACUCCCGCUCCAACUACAACUACUCCCGCUCCAACUACAACUACUCCCGCUCCAACUACAACUACUCCUGAACCAACUACAACCACUCCCGCCCCAACAACCACUCCUGCCCAAACUACAACAACUACUCCUGCCCCAAGUACAACUACUCCCGCUCCAACUACAACUACUCCUGCUCCAACUACCACUACUCCUGUCCCAACUACAACCACUCCCUCCCCAACAACUACUCCUGCCCAAACUACAACAACUACUCCUGCCCCAAGUACAACUACUCCCGCUCCAACUACAACUAUGCCGUCUCCCCCUGGACCUGGCACCCGGCGAUGUCUGACCUGUCUGACAGGCCUAUGCUCUACACCUAUAACAUGUAAUGCACUGGAGACAGGGUGCUUCGGAACUACAGCAACAACAACUGCAGCGACCGAACUCCCAGUCCACGGCUGUGCCUCACCAAACACAUGCUCCUCUGCUCUGACCACACUGCUGCCCCAACUGUCCGAUUAUGAAUCUGUGACUGGACCAAACUCCUGCUGUGAUAAUGAUGAAUGUAACAUUCGACCAACAACUGUACCACCCACAACCACAACAGCUCCUCCAACUAGAACUACACCUGCUCCAACUACAACUACUCCUGCCCCAACAACAACUACUCCUGUCCCAACUACAACCACUCCCGCUCCGACUACAACUACUCCCGCUCCAACUACAACUACAACUACUCCUGAACCAACUACAACCACUCCCGCCCCAACUACAACUACACCUGCUCCGACUACAACAACUCCCGCCCCAACUACAACUACUCCUGGUCCAACUACAACUACUCCUGUUCCGACUACAAGUACAACUACUCCUGAACCAACUACAACCACUCCCGCCCCAACAACUACUCCUGCCCAAACUACAACAUCAACUACUCCUGCCCCAACUACAACUACUCCCGCUCCAACUACAACUACUCCUGUUCCGACUACAAGUACAACUACUCCUGAACCAACUACAACCACUCCCGCCCCAACAACUACUCCUGCCCAAACUACAACAACAACUACUCCUGCCCCAAGUACAACUACUCCUGCCCCAAGUACAACUACUCCCGCCCCAAGUACAACUACUUCUGUCCCAACUACAACCACUCCCGCCCCAACAACUACUCCUGCCCAAACUACAACUACAACCACUCCUGCCCCAACUACAACUACACCUGCUCCGACUACAACAACUCCCGCCCCAACUACAACUACUCCUGGUCCAACUACAACUACUCCUGUUCCGACUACAAGUACAACUACUCCUGAACCAACUACAACCACUCUUGCCCCAACAACUACUCCUGCCCAAACUACAACAUCAACUACUCCUGCCCCAACUACAACUACUCCCGCUCCAACUACAACUACUCCUGUUCCGACUACAAGUACAACUACUCCUGAACCAACUACAACCACUCCCGCCCCAACAACUACUCCUGCCCAAACUACAACAACAACUACUCCUGCCCCAAGUACAACUACUCCUGCCCUAAGUACAACUACUCCCGCCCCAAGUACAACUACUUCUGUCCCAACUACAACCACUCCCGCCCCAACAACUACUCCUGCCCAAACUACAACUACAACCACUCCUGCCCCAACAACUACUCCUGCCCAAACUACAACAACAACUACUCCUGAACCAACUACAACCACUCCCGCCCCAACAACUACUCCUGCCCAAACUACAACAACAACAACUACUCCUGCCCCAAGUACAACUACUCCUGCCCCAAGUACAACUACUCCCGCCCCAAGUACAACUACUUCUGUCCCAACUACAACCACUCCCGCCCCAACAACUACUCCUGCCCAAACUACAACUACAACCACUCCUGCCCCAACUACAACCACUCCCGCCCCAACUACAACCACUUCUGCCCCAACUACAACUACUCCUGCCCCAACUACAACCACUCCCACCCCAACUACAACCACUCCUGCCCCAACUACAACUACUCCUGCCCCAACUACAACCAGUCCCACCCCAACUACAACCACUUCUGCCUCAACUACAACUACUCCCACCCCAACUACAACCACUCCUGCUCCAACUACAACUACAGAUACACGUAAUCCACUCAACUGCAAUAUUUGUUCAGACCCCAAUGAUCCAACAUGUAGAAAUUCAAAUGCACAAACCUGUUCAGCAGCAGCCACUAUGUGCUUUACAGCAACAAUACAAAUGCCGUCUCCCCCUGGACCUGGCACCCGGCGAUGUCUGACCUGUCUGACAGGCCUAUGCUCUACACCUAUAACAUGUAAUGCACUGGAGACAGGGUGCUUCGGAACUACAGCAACAACAACUGCAGCGACCGAACUCCCAGUCCACGGCUGUGCCUCACCAAACACAUGCUCCUCUGCUCUGACCACACUGCUGCCCCAACUGUCCGAUUAUGAAUCUGUGACUGGACCAAACUCCUGCUGUGAUAAUGAUGAAUGUAACAAUCGACCAACAACUGUACCACCCACAACAACAACAGCUCCUCCAACUAGAACUACACCUGCUCCAACUACAACUACUCCUGCCCCAACAACAACUACUCCUGUCCCAACUACAACCACUCCCGCUCCGACUACAACUACUCCCGCUCCAACUACAACUACUCCUGAACCAACUACAACCACUCCCGCCCCAACUACAACUACACCUGCUCCGACUACAACAACUCCCGCCCCAACUACAACUACUCCUGGUCCAACUACAACUACUCCCGCUCCAACUACAACUACAACUACUCCUGAACCAACUACAACUACUCCUGAACCAACUACAACCACUCCCGCCCCAACUACAACUACACCUGCUCAGACUACAACCACUCCCGCCCCAACUACAACCACUCCUGCCACAACUACAACCACUCCUGCCACAAAUACAACCACUCCUGCCCCAACUACAACUACUCCUGCCCCAACUACAACCAGUCCCACCCCAACUACAACCACUUCUGCCUCAACUACAACUACUCCCACCCCAACUACAACUACUCCUGCCCCAAGUACAACCACUCCCGCCCCAACAACUACUCCUGCCCAAACUACAACAACUACUCCUGCCCCAAGUACAACCACUCCCGCCCCAACAACUACUCCUGCCCAAACUACAACAACUACUCCUGCCCCAAGUACAACCACUCCCGCCCCAACAACUACUCCUGCCCAAACUACAACAACUACUCCUGCCCAAAGUACAACUACUCCCGCUCCAACUACAACUACUCCCGCUCCAACUACAACUACUCCCGCUCCAACUACAACUACUCCUGAACCAACUACAACCACUCCCGCCCCAACAACCACUCCUGCCCAAACUACAACAACUACUCCUGCCCCAAGUACAACUACUCCCGCUCCAACUACAACUACUCCUGCUCCAACUACCACUACUCCUGUCCCAACUACAACCACUCCCUCCCCAACAACUACUCCUGCCCAAACUACAACAACUACUCCUGCCCCAAGUACAACUACUCCCGCUCCAACUACAACUACUUCUGUCCCAACUACAACUACUGCUGUCCCAACUACAACUACUCCUGCCCCAAGUACAACUACUCCUGAACCAACUACAACUUCUCCUGUCCCAACUACAACCACUCCCGCCCCAACAACUACUCCUGCCCAAACUACAACUACAACCACUCCUGUCCCAACUACAACUACUCCUGCUCAGACUACAACCACUCCCGCCCCAACUACAACCACUCCUGCCACAACUACAACCACUCCUGCCACAAAUACAACCACUCCUGCCCCAACUACAACUACUCCUGCCCCAACUACAACCAGUCCCACCCCAACUACAACCACUUCUGCCUUGCCGUCUCCCCCUGGACCUGGCACCCGGCGAUGUCUGACCUGUCUGACAGGCCUAUGCUCUACACCUAUAACAUGUAAUGCACUGGAGACAGGGUGCUUCGGAACUACAGCAACAACAACUGCAGCGACCGAACUCCCAGUCCACGGCUGUGCCUCACCAAACACAUGCUCCUCUGCUCUGACCACACUGCUGCCCCAACUGUCCGAUUAUGAAUCUGUGACUGGACCAAACUCCUGCUGUGAUAAUGAUGAAUGUAACAUUCGACCAACAACUGUACCACCCACAACCACAACAGCUCCUCCAACUAGAACUACACCUGCUCCAACUACGACUACUCCUGCCCCAACGACAACUACUCCUGUCCCAACUACACCUACUCCUGCCCCAACUACAACCACUCCCGCCCCAACUACGACUCCUGUCCCAACUACAACCACUCCCGCUCCGACUACAACUACUCCCGCUCCAACUACAACUACAACUACUCCUGAACCAACUACAACCACUCCCGCCCCAACUACAACUACACCUGCUCCGACUACAACAACUCCCGCCCCAACUACAACUACUCCUGGUCCAACUACAACUACUCCUGUUCCGACUACAAGUACAACUACUCCUGAACCAACUACAACCACUCCCGCCCCAACAACUACUCCUGCCCAAACUACAACAUCAACUACUCCUGCCCCAACUACAACUACUCCCGCUCCAACUACAACUACUCCUGUUCCGACUACAAGUACAACUACUCCUGAACCAACUACAACCACUCCCGCCCCAACAACUACUCCUGCCCAAACUACAACAACUACUCCUGCCCCAAGUACAACUACUCCCGCUCCAACUACAACUACUCCUGCUCCAACUACCACUACUCCUGUCCCAACUACAACCACUCCCUCCCCAACAACUACUCCUGCCCAAACUACAACAACUACUCCCGCCCCAAGUACAACUACUCCCGCUCCAACUACAACUACUUCUGUCCCAACUACAACUACUGCUGUCCCAACUACAACUACUCCUGCCCCAAGUACAACUACUCCUGAACCAACUACAACUUCUCCUGUCCCAACUACAACCACUCCCGCCCCAACAACUACUCCUGCCCAAACUACAACUACAACCACUCCUGUCCCAACUACAACUACUCCUGCUCAGACUACAACCACUCCCGCCCCAACUACAACCACUCCUGCCACAACUACAACCACUCCUGCCACAAAUACAACCACUCCUGCCCCAACUACAACUACUCCUGCCCCAACUACAACCAGUCCCACCCCAACUACAACCACUUCUGCCUCAACUACAACUACUCCCACCCCAACUACAACCACUCCUGCUCCAACUACAACUACAGAUACACGUAAUCCACUCAACUGCAAUAUUUGUUCAGACCCCAAUGAUCCAACAUGUAGAAAUUCAAAUGCACAAACCUGUUCAGCAGCAGCCACUAUGUGCUUUACAGCAACAAUACAAAUGCCGUCUCCCCCUGGACCUGGCACCCGGCGAUGUCUGACCUGUCUGACAGGCCUAUGCUCUACACCUAUAACAUGUAAUGCACUGGAGACAGGGUGCUUCGGAACUACAGCAACAACAACUGCAGCGACCGAACUCCCAGUCCACGGCUGUGCCUCACCAAACACAUGCUCCUCUGCUCUGACCACACUGCUGCCCCAACUGUCCGAUUAUGAAUCUGUGACUGGACCAAACUCCUGCUGUGAUAAUGAUGAAUGUAACAUUCGACCAACAACUGUACCACCCACAACCACAACAGCUCCUCCAACUAGAACUACACCUGCUCCAACUACGACUACUCCUGCCCCAACGACAACUACUCCUGUCCCAACUACACCUACUCCUGCCCCAACUACAACCACUCCCGCCCCAACUACGACUCCUGUCCCAACUACAACCACUCCCGCUCCGACUACAACUACUCCCGCUCCAACUACAACUACAACUACUCCUGAACCAACUACAACCACUCCCGCCCCAACUACAACUACACCUGCUCCGACUACAACAACUCCCGCCCCAACUACAACUACUCCUGGUCCAACUACAACUACUCCUGUUCCGACUACAAGUACAACUACUCCUGAACCAACUACAACCACUCCCGCCCCAACAACUACUCCUGCCCAAACUACAACAUCAACUACUCCUGCCCCAACUACAACUACUCCCGCUCCAACUACAACUACUCCUGUUCCGACUACAAGUACAACUACUCCUGAACCAACUACAACCACUCCCGCCCCAACAACUACUCCUGCCCAAACUACAACAACAACUACUCCUGCCCCAAGUACAACUACUCCUGCCCCAAGUACAACUACUCCCGCCCCAAGUACAACUACUUCUGUCCCAACUACAACCACUCCCGCCCCAACAACUACUCCUGCCCAAACUACAACUACAACCACUCCUGCCCCAACUACAACUACACCUGCUCCGACUACAACAACUCCCGCCCCAACUACAACUACUCCUGGUCCAACUACAACUACUCCUGUUCCGACUACAAGUACAACUACUCCUGAACCAACUACAACCACUCCCGCCCCAACAACUACUCCUGCCCAAACUACAACAUCAACUACUCCUGCCCCAACUACAACUACUCCCGCUCCAACUACAACUACUCCUGUUCUGACUACAAGUACAACUACUCCUGAACCAACUACAACCACUCCCGCCCCAACAACUACUCCUGCCCAAACUACAACAACAACUACUCCUGCCCCAAGUACAACUACUCCUGCCCCAAGUACAACUACUCCCGCCCCAAGUACAACUACUUCUGUCCCAACUACAACCACUCCCGCCCCAACAACUACUCCUGCCCAAACUACAACAACAACUACUCCUGAACCAACUACAACCACUCCCGCCCCACCAACUACUCCUGCCCAAACUACAACAACAACUACUCCUGCCCCAAGUACAACUACUCCUGCCCCAAGUACAACUACUCCCGCCCCAAGUACAACUACUUCUGUCCCAACUACAACCACUCCCGCCCCAACAACUACUCCUGCCCAAACUACAACUACAACCACUCCUGCCCCAACUACAACCACUCCCGCCCCAACUACAACCACUUCUGCCCCAACUACAACUACUCCUGCCCCAACUACAACCACUCCCACCCCAACUACAACCACUCCUGCCCCAACUACAACUACUCCUGCCCCAACUACAACCAGUCCCACCCCAACUACAACCACUUCUGCCUCAACUACAACUACUCCCACCCCAACUACAACCACUCCUGCUCCAACUACAACUACAGAUACACGUAAUCCACUCAACUGCAAUAUUUGUUCAGACCCCAAUGAUCCAACAUGUAGAAAUUCAAAUGCACAAACCUGUUCAGCAGCAGCCACUAUGUGCUUUACAGCAACAAUACAAAUGCCGUCUCCCCCUGGACCUGGCACCCGGCGAUGUCUGACCUGUGACCCUCUGACAGGCCCAUGCUCUACACCUAUAACAUGUAAUGCACUGGAGACAGGGUGCUUCGGAACUACAGCAACAACAACUGCAGCGACCGAACUCCCAGUCCACGGCUGUGCCUCACCAAACACAUGCUCCUCUGCUCUGACCACACUGCUGCCCCAACUGUCCGAUUAUGAAUCUGUGACUGGACCAAACUCCUGCUGUGAUAAUGAUGAAUGUAACAUUCGACCAACAACUGUACCACCCACAACAACAACAGCUCCUCCAACUAGAACUACACCUGCUCCGACUACAACUACUCCCGCUCCAACUACAACUACUCCUGGUCCAACUACAACCACUCCCGCUCCGACUACAACUACUCCCGCUCCAACUACAACUACAACUACUCCUGAACCAACUACAACCACUCCCGCCCCAACUACAACUACACCUGCUCCGACUACAACAACUCCCGCCCCAACUACAACUACUCCUGGUCCAACUACAACUACUCCCGCUCCAACUACAACUACAACUACUCCUGAACCAACUACAACCACUCCCGCCCCAACUACAACUACACCUGCUCAGACUACAACCACUCCCGCCCCAACUACAACCACUCCUGCCACAACUACAACCACUCCUGCCACAAAUACAACCACUCCUGCCCCAACUACAACUACUCCUGCCCCAACUACAACCAGUCCCACCCCAACUACAACCACUUCUGCCUCAACUACAACUACUCCCACCCCAACUACAACUACACCUGCCCCAAGUACAACCACUCCCGCCCCAACAACUACUCCUGCCCAAACUACAACAACUACUCCUGCCCCAAGUACAACUACUCCUGCCCAAAGUACAACUACUCCUGCUCCAACUACAACUACUCCCGCUCCAACUACAACUACUCCCGCUCCAACUACAACUACUCCUGAACCAACUACAACCACUCCCGCCCCAACAACUACUCCUGCCCAAACUACAACAACAACUACUCCUGCCCCAACUACAACUACUCCCGCUCCAACUACAACUACUCCUGCUCCAACUACCACUACUCCUGUCCCAACUACAACCACUACCUCCCCAACAACUACUCCUGCCCAAACUACAACAACUACUCCUGCCCCAAGUACAACUACUCCCGCUCCAACUACAACUACUUCUGUCCCAACUACAACUACUGCUGUCCCAACUACAACUACUCCUGCCCCAAGUACAACUACUCCUGAACCAACUACAACUUCUCCUGUCCCAACUACAACCACUCCCGCCCCAACAACUACUCCUGCCCAAACUACAACUACAACCACUCCUGUCCCAACUACAACUACUCCUGCUCAGACUACAACCACUCCCGCCCCAACUACAACCACUCCUGCCACAACUACAACCACUCCCACCCCAACUACAACCACUCCUGCCCCAACUACAACUACUCCUGCCCCAACUACAACCAGUCCCACCCCAACUACAACCACUUCUGCCUCAACUACAACUACUCCCACCCCAACUACAACCACUCCUGCUCCAACUACAACUACAGAUACACGUAAUCCACUCAACUGCAAUAUUUGUUCAGACCCCAAUGAUCCAACAUGUAGAAAUUCAAAUGCACAAACCUGUUCAGCAGCAGCCACUAUGUGCUUUACAGCAACAAUACAAAUGCCGUCUCCCCCUGGACCUGGCACCCGGCGAUGUCUGACCUGUCUGACAGGCCUAUGCUCUACACCUAUAACAUGUAAUGCACUGGAGACAGGGUGCUUCGGAACUACAGCAACAACAACUGCAGCGACCGAACUCCCAGUCCACGGCUGUGCCUCACCAAACACAUGCUCCUCUGCUCUGACCACACUGCUGCCCCAACUGUCCAAUUAUGAAUCUGUGACUGGACCAAACUCCUGCUGUGAUAAUGAUGAAUGUAACAUUCGACCAACAACUGUACCACCCACAACCACAACAGCUCCUCCAACUAGAACUACACCUGCUCCAACUACGACUACUCCUGCCCCAACGACAACUACUCCUGUCCCAACUACACCUACUCCUGCCCCAACUACAACCACUCCCGCCCCAACUACGACUCCUGUCCCAACUACAACCACUCCCGCUCCGACUACAACUACUCCCGCUCCAACUACAACUACAACUACUCCUGAACCAACUACAACCACUCCCGCCCCAACUACAACUACACCUGCUCCGACUACAACAACUCCCGCCCCAACUACAACUACUCCUGGUCCAACUACAACUACUCCUGUUCCGACUACAAGUACAACUACUCCUGAACCAACUACAACCACUCCCGCCCCAACAACUACUCCUGCCCAAACUACAACAUCAACUACUCCUGCCCCAACUACAACUACUCCCGCUCCAACUACAACUACUCCUGUUCCGACGACAAGUACAACUACUCCUGAACCAACUACAACCACUCCCGCCCCAACAACUACUCCUGCCCAAACUACAACAACAACUACUCCUGCCCCAAGUACAACUACUCCUGCCCCAAGUACAACUACUCCCGCCCCAAGUACAACUACUUCUGUCCCAACUACAACCACUCCCGCCCCAACAACUACUCCUGCCCAAACUACAACUACAACCACUCCUGCCCCAACUACAACUACACCUGCUCCGACUACAACAACUCCCGCCCCAACUACAACUACUCCUGGUCCAACUACAACUACUCCUGUUCCGACUACAAGUACAACUACUCCUGAACCAACUACAACCACUCCCGCCCCAACAACAACUACAACCACUCCCGCUCCGACUACAACUACUCCCGCUCCAACUACAACUACAACUACUCCUGAACCAACUACAACCACUCCCGCCCCAACUACAACUACACCUGCUCCGACUACAACAACUCCCGCCCCAACUACAACUACUCCUGGUCCAACUACAACUUACAAACUCACAACAACAACUGCAGCGACCGAACUCCCAGUCCACGGCUGUGCCUCACCAAACACAUGCUCCUCUGCUCUGACCACACUGCUGCCCCAACUGUCCGAUUAUGAAUCUGUGACUGGACCAAACUCCUGCUGUGAUAAUGAUGAAUGUAACAUUCGACCAACAACUGUACCACCCACAACCACAACAGCUCCUCCAACUAGAACUACACCUGCUCCAACUACGACUACUCCUGCCCCAACGACAACUACUCCUGUCCCAACUACACCUACUCCUGCCCCAACUACAACCACUCCCGCCCCAACUACGACUCCUGUCCCAACUACAACCACUCCCGCUCCGACUACAACCACUCCAGCUCCGACUACAACUACUCCCGCUCCAACUACAACUACAACUACUCCUGAACCAACUACAACCACUCCCGCCCCAACUACAACUACACCUGCUCCGACUACAACAACUCCCGCCCCAACUACAACUACUCCUGGUCCAACUACAACUACUCCUGUUCCGACUACAAGUACAACUACUCCUGAACCAACUACAACCACUCCCGCCCCAACAACUACUCCUGCCCAAACUACAACAUCAACUACUCCUGCCCCAACUACAACUACUGCUGUCCCAACUACAACUACUCCUGUUCCGACUACAAGUACAACUACUCCUGAACCAACUACAACCACUCCCGCCCCAACAACUACUCCUGCCCAAACUACAACAACAACUACUCCUGCCCCAAGUACAACUACUCCUGCCCCAAGUACAACUACUCCCGCCCCAAGUACAACUACUUCUGUCCCAACUACAACCACUCCCGCCCCAACAACUACUCCUGCCCAAACUACAACUACAACCACUCCUGCCCCAACUACAACCACUCCCGCCCCAACUACAACCACUUCUGCCCCAACUACAACUACUCCUGCCACAACUACAACCACUCCCACCCCAACUACAACCACUCCUGCCCCAACUACAACUACUCCUGCCCCAACUACAACCAGUCCCACCCCAACUACAACCACUUCUGCCUCAACUACAACUACUCCCACCCCAACUACAACCACUCCUGCUCCAACUACAACUACAGAUACACGUAAUCCACUCAACUGCAAUAUUUGUUCAGACCCCAAUGAUCCAACAUGUAGAAAUUCAAAUGCACAAACCUGUUCAGCAGCAGCCACUAUGUGCUUUACAGCAACAAUACAAAUGCCGUCUCCCCCUGGACCUGGCACCCGGCGAUGUCUGACCUGUCUGACAGGCCUAUGCUCUACACCUAUAACAUGUAAUGCACUGGAGACAGGGUGCUUCGGAACUACAGCAACAACAACUGCAGCGACCGAACUCCCAGUCCACGGCUGUGCCUCACCAAACACAUGCUCCUCUGCUCUGACCACACUGCUGCCCCAACUGUCCGAUUAUGAAUCUGUGACUGGACCAAACUCCUGCUGUGAUAAUGAUGAAUGUAACAUUCGACCAACAACUGUACCACCCACAACCACAACAGCUCCUCCAACUAGAACUACACCUGCUCCAACUACGACUACUCCUGCCCCAACGACAACUACUCCUGUCCCAACUACAACUACUCCUGCCCCAACUACAACCACUCCCGCCCCAACUACGACUCCUGUCCCAACUACAACCACUCCCGCUCCGACUACAACUACUCCCGCUCCAACUACAACUACAACUACUCCUGAACCAACUACAACCACUCCCGCCCCAACUACAACUACACCUGCUCCGACUACAACAACUCCCGCCCCAACUACAACUACUCCUGGUCCAACUACAACUACUCCUGUUCCGACUACAAGUACAACUACUCCUGAACCAACUACAACCACUCCCGCCCCAACAACUACUCCUGCCCAAACUACAACAUCAACUACUCCUGCCCCAACUACAACUACUCCCGCUCCAACUACAACUACUCCUGUUCCGACUACAAGUACAACUACUCCUGAACCAACUACAACCACUCCCGCCCCAACAACUACUCCUGCCCAAACUACAACAACAACUACUCCUGCCCCAAGUACAACUACUCCUGCCCCAAGUACAACUACUCCCGCCCCAAGUACAACUACUUCUGUCCCAACUACAACCACUCCCGCCCCAACAACUACUCCUGCCCAAACUACAACUACAACCACUCCUGCCCCAACUACAACCACUCCCGCCCCAACUACAACCACUUCUGCCCCAACUACAACUACUCCUGCCACAACUACAACCACUCCCACCCCAACUACAACCACUCCUGCCCCAACUACAACUACUCCUGCCCCAACUACAACCAGUCCCACCCCAACUACAACCACUUCUGCCUCAACUACAACUACUCCCACCCCAACUACAACCACUCCUGCUCCAACUACAACUACAGAUACACGUAAUCCACUCAACUGCAAUAUUUGUUCAGACCCCAAUGAUCCAACAUGUAGAAAUUCAAAUGCACAAACCUGUUCAGCAGCAGCCACUAUGUGCUUUACAGCAACAAUACAAAUGCCGUCUCCCCCUGGACCUGGCACCCGGCGAUGUCUGACCUGUCUGACAGGCCUAUGCUCUACACCUAUAACAUGUAAUGCACUGGAGACAGGGUGCUUCGGAACUACAGCAACAACAACUGCAGCGACCGAACUCCCAGUCCACGGCUGUGCCUCACCAAACACAUGCUCCUCUGCUCUGACCACACUGCUGCCCCAACUGUCCGAUUAUGAAUCUGUGACUGGACCAAACUCCUGCUGUGAUAAUGAUGAAUGUAACAUUCGACCAACAACUGUACCACCCACAACCACAACAGCUCCUCCAACUAGAACUACACCUGCUCCAACUACGACUACUCCUGCCCCAACGACAACUACUCCUGUCCCAACUACACCUACUCCUGCCCCAACUACAACCACUCCCGCCCCAACUACGACUCCUGUCCCAACUACAACCACUCCCGCUCCGACUACAACUACUCCCGCUCCAACUACAACUACAACUACUCCUGAACCAACUACAACCACUCCCGCCCCAACUACAACUACACCUGCUCCGACUACAACAACUCCCGCCCCAACUACAACUACUCCUGGUCCAACUACAACUACUCCUGUUCCGACUACAAGUACAACUACUCCUGAACCAACUACAACCACUCCCGCCCCAACAACUACUCCUGCCCAAACUACAACAUCAACUACUCCUGCCCCAACUACAACUACUCCCGCUCCAACUACAACUACUCCUGUUCCGACUACAAGUACAACUACUCCUGAACCAACUACAACCACUCCCGCCCCAACAACUACUCCUGCCCAAACUACAACAACAACUACUCCUGCCCCAAGUACAACUACUCCUGCCCCAACUACAACUACUCCCGCCCCAAGUACAACUACUUCUGUCCCAACUACAACCACUCCCGCCCCAACAACUACUCCUGCCCAAACUACAACUACAACCACUCCUGCCCCAACUACAACCACUCCCGCCCCAACUACAACCACUUCUGCCCCAACUACAACUACUCCUGCCCCAACUACAACCACUCCCACCCCAACUACAACCACUCCUGCCCCAACUACAACUACUCCUGCCCCAACUACAACCAGUCCCACCCCAACUACAACCACUUCUGCCUCAACUACAACUACUCCCACCCCAACUACAACCACUCCUGCUCCAACUACAACUACAGAUACACGUAAUCCACUCAACUGCAAUAUUUGUUCAGACCCCAAUGAUCCAACAUGUAGAAAUUCAAAUGCACAAACCUGUUCAGCAGCAGCCACUAUGUGCUUUACAGCAACAAUACAAAUGCCGUCUCCCCCUGGACCUGGCACCCGGCGAUGUCUGACCUGUCUGACAGGCCUAUGCUCUACACCUAUAACAUGUAAUGCACUGGAGACAGGGUGCUUCGGAACUACAGCAACAACAACUGCAGCGACCGAACUCCCAGUCCACGGCUGUGCCUCACCAAACACAUGCUCCUCUGCUCUGACCACACUGCUGCCCCAACUGUCCGAUUAUGAAUCUGUGACUGGACCAAACUCCUGCUGUGAUAAUGAUGAAUGUAACAUUCGACCAACAACUGUACCACCCACAACAACAACAGCUCCUCCAACUAGAACUACUCCUGCUCCAACUACAACUACUCCCGCCCCAACUACAACGACUCCUGCCCCAACUACAACCACUUCUGCCCAAACUACAACUACUCCUUCCCCGACUACAACUACUCCUGCCCAAACUACAACCACUCCUGCCCCAACUACAACUACUCCCGCCCCAACUACAACUACUCCUGCCCUAACUACAACCACUCCCACCCCAACUACAACAACGUCUGCCCAAACUACAACUACUACCCCAACUACAACCACUCCUGCUCCAACUACAACUACUCCCGCCCCAACUACAACUACUCCUGCCCCAACAACUACUCCUGCCCAAACUACAACUACUCCCACCCCAACUACAACCACUCCCACCCCAACUACAACCACUCCCGCUCCAACUACAACUACUCCCGCUCCAACUACAACCACUCCCACCCCAACUGCAACGUCUGCCCAAACUACAAUUACUAUCCCAACUACAACCACUCCUGCUCCAACUACAACUACAGAUACACGUAAUCCACUCAACUGCAAUAUUUGUUCAGACCCCAAUGAUCCAACAUGUACAAAUUCAAAUGCACAAACCUGUUCAGCAGCAGCCACUAUGUGCUUUACAGCAACAAUACAAAUUACUCAAGGUGGAACUACUAAUACAAAAAUAAUGAAGCAAUGUGCAGAGUCCUCACUGUGUCCAACUGAAAGUGAUCAGACAGACUCCUUAAACACUGGAGCUGCUUCAGUGUUUGCACGAAGAAUCUGUUGUAAAGGGACAAACUGCAACAGAAAUGCCCCAACUCUGCCAUCUCCCCCUGGACCUGGCACCCGGCGAUGUCUGACCUGUGACCCUCUGACUGGCUCAUGCUCUACUCCUAUAACAUGUAAUGCACUGGAGAUCACCUGCUUCCAAACUACAGCAACAUCAACUGCAGCGACCGAACUCCCAGUCCACGGCUGUGCCUCACCAAACAGAUUCACCUCUGCACUGGCCACACUGCUGCCUGAACUGCCUGACUAUGAAACUGUGACUGGACCAACCUCAUCCUGUGAAACUGAUGAAUGUAACAUACAACCGACAACUGUACCACCCACAACAACAACAACAGCUCCUCCGAUUACAAUUACUCCUGCUGCAACUACAACUACAAGUAAUUCAAUCAACUGCAAUGUUUGUUCAGACCCCAAUGAUCCAACAUGUAGCAAAUCAAGGGCACAAACCUGUUCAGCAGCAGCCACUAUGUGCUUUACAGCAACAAUACAAAUUACUCAAGGUGGAACUACUAAUACAAAAAUAAUGAAGCAAUGUGCAGAGUCCUCACUGUGUCCAACUGAAGGUGAUCAGACAGACUCCUUUAACACUGGAGCUGCUUCAGUGUUUGCACGAAGAAUCUGUUGUAAAGGGACAAACUGCAACAGAAAUGCCCCAACUCUGCCGUCUCCCCCUGGACCUGGCACCCGGCGAUGUCUGACCUGUGACCCUCUGACAGGCCCAUGCUCUACUCCUAUAACAUGUAAUGCACUGGAGACCACCUGCUUCCAAACUACAGCAACAACAACUGCAGCGACCGAACUCCCAGUCCACGGCUGUGUCUCAUGCUCCUCCGCUCUGACCACACUGCUGCCUGAACUGUCCGAUUAUGAAACUGUGACUGGACCAACCUCAUCCUGUGAAACUGAUGAAUGUAACAUUCGACCAAUUGUACCACCCACAACAACUCCUCCAACUCCAACUACAGAUAAACGUAAUCCAAUCAACUGCAAUAUUUGUUCAGACUCCAAUGAUCCAACAUGUACAAAUUCAAGGGCGCAAACCUGUUCAGCAGCAGCCACUAUGUGCUUUACAGCAACAAUGAAAAUUACUCAAGCUGGAACUGCUACUACCAAAAUAUUAAAGCAAUGUGCAGAGUCCUCACUGUGUCCAACUGAAAGUGAUCAGACAUACUCCUUUAACACUGGAGCUGCUUCAGUGUUUGCAAGAGGAAUCUGUUGUAAAGGGACAAACUGCAACAGAAAUGCCCCAACUCUGCCAUCUCCCCCUGGACCUGGCACCCAGCGAUGUCUGACCUGUGGCCCUUUGACAGGCCCAUGCUCUACUCCUAUAACAUGUAAUGCACUGGAGACCACCUGCUUCCAAACUACAGCAACAACAACUGCAGCGACCAAACUCCCAGUCCAUGGCUGUGCCUCACCAAUCAGAUUCACCUCUGCACUGGCCACACUGCUGCCCCAGCUGCCCGAUUAUGAAACUGUGACUGGACCAACCUCAUUCUGUGAAACUCGUGAGUGUAACAUUCGACCAACAACUGUACCACCCACAACAACAACAGCUCCUACAAAUACAACUACUGUGAUUCCAACUGCAACCACAUCUACUACAAGUACAGCUACCCUACCCUCCAUAACUCCAGCUGCUCCAAUGUCUACAAAAACCACAGCUGCUGUAACAACUACAAACACUACAGCUGCCCCUACUACAAAAACUACAGUUGCCCCUACUACGAAAACUACAUCUGCCCCUACUACAAAAACUACAGCUGCACCUACUACAAAAACUACAUCUGCUCCAGCUACAAAAACUACAGCUGCUUCAAUGUCUACAACUACUGCUAGUGCUGCCUUUUUCCCUCGACUUGAUUUACUCCAUUUAUUGCUGGUAGUCUUUGCCCUUUUUCUGCUUUAAAUGACUGCACAUACUUGAAUAAUAUGGCACUAUUAUGUCCACAACAUACGCAAACAUGUAUUCCUCAUAAGAUAUGUUGAAUGUGGUACUCU